CUGUUAGACCAGGCGAACAUACAAGCUUCUUCUUAUCCAUCUUCAUCUCCAACAAUGAAUUUCUGGUGUUCUCAAGUAAACCCUAACCCUAGUUUUGCUUCCAUUUUCAUGGCGAGAAUUCUCUCUCUCACCUCACAAUCACACCCCCCUAAACCUUCCUUUCACCCCAUUUUAAACUCUAUAUCUGAACAAUCCACUUCCAGAAGAGCAUUUGUGUCAGUUUCCACUCUAUCAUCUCUCAUAGCGCUUGUUCAACCUCCAUAUCUCAUAGCUCAAACAUCCUCUUCUUCCAAAACCAUUCUUUCAGGUAUUACCAGCACUAAAUCAUGGUUUAGAUUCUUUGGUGAUGGCUUCGCCAUUAGGGUUCCUCCUGAUUUUGAAGAUAUUAUGGAGCCUGAGGACUAUAAUGCUGGUUUAUCUCUUUAUGGAGACAAAGCUAAACCAAAGACAUUUGCAGCACGGUUUGCUACGCCUGAUGGAUCCGAAGUUUUAAGCGUUGUAAUCCGCCCGUCAAAUCAACUCAAGAUCACAUUUUUAGAGGCAAAAGACGUUUCUGAUCUGGGAACACUGAAGGAAGCAAAGAAGAUUUUUGUUCCUGGUGGAACAGAUUUAUACUCUGCACGUGCCAUAAAAAUAAAGGAAGAUGAAGGUUACAGGACCUACUAUUUCUACGAGUUUGGGAACGAUGAUCAGCAUGCUGCUUUAGUAGCUGCCGUCAAUAGUGGAAAAACAAUUAUUGCUGGAGUGAUCGCGCCUCAGUCUAAAUGGGUGGAUGAUGGUGUAAAGCUUCGCUCAGCGGCUGUUUCAUUGACAGUUUUAUGACGACUGAAGAUUUUGUACCCUAAGAGUGUAAAUUUUUGGAUCAAGAAUCUCAAAAGAUGUAUAGAGAUUACUUUUGAAAGGGUAGGAUACGAACGAUAACGAUAAUGUCAUGUUAUGUAUUUGGUUACACUUCCAUUACGUAUCUAUCGAAGUAAAAGAAAUAGGUACAUGUGUUCAUGUUA